AUGCGAGGAUUCGGCGCGGCGUCCGCGACUGCGGUUGCCAUUGCAGCCACUUCGCUGUUCAUGAGCACUGCAUCUGCCGCCGUUGACCCCAUUGUCAUCAAGGGCUCCAAGUUCUUCUACAAAACAAACGGCACACAAUUCUAUAUCAAGGGCGUUGCGUACCAGCAGGACUACAACGGCAAUGGCACAUCAGGCUCGACCACGGCCUCGGGCACUACCAGCAACAGCUACACCGACCCUUUGGCAGACUUCUCCAGCUGCUCGCGAGAUAUUCCAUAUCUUCAACAGCUCAAUACCAACACCAUCCGUGUGUACGCCAUUGAUCCUACAAAGGACCACUCACAAUGCAUGAACGCGUUGGCCAACGCUGGCAUCUAUGUUAUCUCCGACUUGUCCUCUCCCGCCGAGUCAAUUGACCGCAACGACCCAGCAUGGAACGAUCAGCUCUACGCCCGCUACACUGCUGUCGUCGACAACCUCGCCAACUUCACCAACACCCUCGGCUUCUUUGCUGGCAACGAAGUCUCCAACGCACCAAACAACACCGAUGCUAGCGCGUUCGUUAAGGCUGCCGUCCGUGACACCAAGGCAUACAUCAAGAGCAAGGGCUACCGCACGAUUGGUGUCGGCUACGCGACCAACGACGAUGCUGACAUUCGUGUUGACAUGGCCGACUACUUCAACUGUGGUGACACCGCUGAUGCCAUUGAUUUCUGGGGUUACAACAUCUACUCGUGGUGUGGUGAUUCUUCUUACACCACCUCUGGCUACGAUGUCCGCACCAAGGAGUUCUCCACCUACUCCGUCCCUGCAUUCUUUGCCGAGUACGGUUGCAACAAAGUUGAGCCCCGUACCUUCACCGAUGUCUCCACUCUCUACGGGCCUGAGAUGAACGGUGUCUGGUCUGGUGGUAUUGUGUACAUGUACUUCCAGGAGGCCAACGAUUACGGCCUCGUAUCUGUAAGCGGCAACACCGUUACCACCAACCAGGACUUCGACAACUUGAAGCAGCAGCUUAGCAACGUGACUGUCUCUGGAGUCGCAAUGGCCAGCUACAGCCCGACCAACUCUGCAGCAGCAUGCCCAUCUCAGGAUGCUAAAUGGGCUGCGGCUGCCACGCCCCUCCCACCAAGCCCGAACCAGCAGCUCUGCAGCUGCAUGUACAACUCGCUCGGCUGUGUCGUUGCGUCCGGUGCAAGCGCUGAUGCCUACGGCACCCUCUUCGGCCAGGUCUGCGGCUACGGCGGCAGCAUCUGUGCUGGUAUCUCCCACAAUGCCUCCACUGGCACCUACGGCGCGUACGGCAUGUGCAACAGCACCGAGCAGCUCGCGUACGCCUUCAACCAGUACUACGUUGGCCAGUCUGCCGUUGCAUCUGCCUGCAGCUUCGGCGGCUCUGCUACUACCAAGCCAACUUCCAGCGCUGCCGGUGCUUGCCAGACUCUUCUCAACCAGGCCGGUACCGCCGGUACUGGUACCGUGACCAGCCAGCCUUCCGGCACUGGUGCGGCUGGCGGUAGCUCUGGUUCCAGCGGCAGCGGCUCUGCAUCGAGCAGCAAGGCCGCCGCUGGCAUGAUCGGCGUCCCAUCCAUGGAGACCGGUCUCUUGCCAAUGGCUUUCAUCGUCACGAUGGCCGCUGUUUCUGGCAUGGGCAUGAUCUUCUUGUAA